UUUAAAUAACUUUGUAUGAUUUGCACGACGUGAUUUUCCCUUUUUGGAGACACACGGAAAGCCAGUCGUCACACAUGUGGCGCGUAAUUGGAGGAAAGACGGAGCUUUUUCUUUUUGUGUGUGGCGCUUUUAUUGACGCCGAAUACAAACAAAUAAAUUUAAAAAAUAGCACGAAUGAUUGCAAGUGGCUCCGAGUGGUGCGUGUUGACCGGCAAGGCUCGGGGUCAGUGUCUACGUCCACCCUCCCGGGGACUGGAGCCGCCCGCCUCGCUCCUCUCUUCCCCCAGGAGGCUGCGCCUCAAUGCCAGCCCCUUUGUUCCGUCUAGCCGGUGGGCUGAGUCACAGAGAGGGAGGCUGAGCUUCUCCUUCAUACCACAGGCGUGAGAAGAAGCUGGAAUAUAUAUAAAAAAAGAGAGAGAAUAUAGGAGCGACAGAAGCGUUAUCUUUUUUUUCUCUCUGUGUGUGUUGCUGAUGCUGCGUUUCCGCCGGGGUGUGCAACUGCUCGGCUACAAACAAACAAACAACCAAAACAAGCCCGGCGACACAUCUCUUUCAGCUCGUUUCCCGGACAAGAAAAAAGGAGGAAGGAGACAAUGAACCGGCAGCUCUCCCGCGAGUGAAGCCAGCGCCGCGGUGCACCGGUCCACCAUCCAGCUGAUCCACGCUGACUCUCCCUUUUUUCACGUUUUUUUCUCCUCCUUCGUCUCUUCCUCCUCUGCUCAGCAUCCAUAUUGGCAUCCCAGGGAGUGGCAACCACUCAUCCCCCCCUUUCCCCUGGCGAGAGAGCCUGAAAGUUAUCCCCUCCGUCGCUCUGAUUUCCAACACAGUAAGAUAAACAUGGAGAGCGACGGCCGCCGCUCCCCCAUCUAGUGCCUCGUCCGCAAAGCCUUCGUCACCCGGGAAGAGGAAGAGGAGCGCCCCGGUUCCUCUGCACCAUGAACAUGCUCAAGUCCACUGGGCUGAAGAUCCCUGGCCGGGGGCCCAAGCAUUCCAGCCCAGUGGGGAGGGCGUCAGCGGGGGGAACCUCCAGCCCCGUCAUCCCUAAAGACAUUGGACUGUGGAGGCGUGACGUAGAGACGGAGUGCAUGGCUCUGGUGGAGAUCCGUCAAUCCCAAGACACCCCGACGAGAAUCUCUGAAGAGGGCGACGAUGUCUUGGGGGACUACACUGUGGGCGAGCAGGUCUGGGUCAACGGAGUCAAGCUCGGAGUUAUCGCCUACCUCGGGGAGACCCAGUUCGCCCCGGGACAGUGGGCCGGCGUGAUACUGAAUGACCUAGUCGGCAAAAACGACGGGUCAGUGGGCGGCGUGCGCUACUUUGAGUGCCAGCCCCUCCAGGGCAUCUUCACGAGACCCUCGAAGCUCAACCGACAGCCGGUCGGAGAGGGAAGCGACACCGACUCGCUCUCCGCGCAGAAUCAGACUCAGCACGGCGGCAACGGCGGCAACGUUGGCAACGUUGGCAACGGCGGCAAUGGCGGCCAUGGCGGCCAUGGCGGCAACGGCGUCCCUCCUGGCCAGAGGGUGGUAGUGCCGCUGAGGGAGUGCCUGCUCAACAGCGCGGUGAAGACGGGCUACGAGUCCGGGUCCAACAUGUCGGACAGCGGUUCGGUGAAAGGUUCGGUGAAGAAAGAUAAGGAUCUUCGAGUUGGGGAUCGAGUUUUGGUGGGCGGCUCCAAGAUGGGAGUCAUCCGCUACAUGGGGGAGACGGACUUCGCCAAGGGGGAAUGGUGUGGGGUCGAGCUGGAUGAGCCCCUCGGGAAGAAUGAUGGCGCUGUGGCUGGUACAAGAUACUUCCAGUGCCUUCACAAGUUCGGCCUGUUUGCGCCGAUCCACAAGGUGAUCCGCAUCGGCUUCCCCUCCACCAGCCCGGCCAAGGCCAAGAAGAGCAAGCGGAUGGCCAUGGGCGUCUCCUCCCUGGUCCACAGCCCCAGCAGCUCCUCCAUCAGCUCCGUCAGCUCCGUGGCCUCCUCCGUGGGCGGGCGGCCGAGCCGGACCGGACUGCUGACCGAGACGUCGUCCCGCUACGCGCGCAAGAUCUCGGGCACCACCGCGCUCCAGGAGGCCCUGAAGGAGAAGCAGCAGCACAUCGAGCAGCUGCUGGCCGAGAGGGACAUGGAGCGGGCCGAGAUGGCCAAGGCCACCAGCCACAUCUGUGAGGUGGAGAAGGACCUGAGCGUCCUCAAGGUGCAGCACGUGCAGCACAUAUCGGAGAACGAGAGCAGCCUGCAGCAAGUCAGAGUCAUGCUGGCCAGCACGCAGAAGGACAAACUGGAACUGGCCAAUCAGCUGGAGGAAGAGAAGAGGAAAGUGGAGGACCUCCAGUUCAGAGUGGAGGAGGAAUGCAUCACCAAAGGAGACCUGGAGACUCAGAGGAAGUCGGAACGCGCCCACAUUCGUCAGCUCGAGCAGCAACUGCUCCUCGAAAAGUCGAGAGCAGAGACGCUGCACAGAGACUUAGAGAAGAGGAGGCAAACCACGGUUGAGGAGCAGAGUCACAUCAUCCAGCUGGAGGAGGAGCUCAGCCUCCGGAGAGCCGAGAUGGAGAACCUGCAGGCCAAACUCAGGGGGUCCGACGCCAGCUCGCAGGGCGGCGGCGGCGAUGGCGACGCCGCCCAGCCGGGGUCCGACGGCGGCGACGCCCAGCCGGAGACGCUGGUGCUGCGCGCUCAGCUGCUGUCGGCGGGCCGCGAGCGCCACAAGGAGAGCAGCGAGCUCAAGGAGAAGCACGAGGAGGCGCUGGCGGCGAGCCGCGAGGAGAUCCACUCGCUGAAGACCGAGGUGGAGAGGAGGAGCCAGGAGGUCGGCGAGAUGAAGCAGAAGGUCCAACAGGCCAACAGGGAAAACGUGGAGAUGAUGGACACCUGGAAGGUUAAAUUCGACUCGCUGACGCUGGACCACCAGCGCUCGCUGGGGGAACUGAAGGCCUCGCUGAGCGGCGACCGCCCCGCCCCGGCGGGCUCGGAGCAGGACGCCCAGGAGCUGAGGGUGGCGCUGGAGAGCCUGAAGACGGAGCACCUGCUGGGGGUGGAGAACCUCAAGGCCCGGCACAAGAUCGAAGCCGCCAUUCUCACCAAGGAGCGGGAAGACUUCUGCACGCGCCUGCGGGAGGCCACCGAGCAGCUGGCCGAGGGCGGCGGCGGCGGCGGCAAGCGGCUCCCGGAGGAGGCGGCCGCCGGCGAGCUGCAGGAGGCGGAGCGGAGGCUGGCGGAGGUGGAGAAGCUCCGGGCGGAGCGGGACAGGAGCGCGGAGCGGCUGAGGGAGCGGCUGCAGCUGGCGGAGGAGACGCUGGCGGAGCAUCGGGCUCUGCGGGAGGCGCAGGCGCGGAGCCACGAGGAGACCCAGAGGACGCUGGAGGAGAAGCUGAGGGCGACGGAGAACCGGCUGCAGGCCGCGCAGGCGGAGCGCUACACUUCCCAUGAUGCACCUGUGAAAGACGACAACGACGUUUCAGAGGAGAAGAUGAAGCUGAAGCAGAAUAUCGAAGAAACGAUGGAGACGUUCCAGAGAAGGGAGAAGGAGGUCUCCGCCCUCACGUCCCAGGUUGAAGCUCUCAAGAGUCAGACGGGAGCGCUGGAGGCCAAAGUUCGCUCGGGGGAAAAGAAAGCCGUGGCGCUGGCCAGGGAGAAGGUACGCUUGGAGGCCGAGCUGGAGUCCAUGACCAAGAAGUCCCAUGAUGCAUCUGGGCAGCUGGUCAAUAUCAGCCUGGAGCUGCUGAAGAAAGAGAGGAGUCUGAACGAACUGAGGGUGUUACUACUGGAGUCACAUCGCUACUCCCGGGACAUGGAGAAAGACCUGAACCGGGAAGUGCACAAGGCCGAGUGGAAGGUGAAGGAGCAGAAGCUUCAGGACGACAUCAAGACCCUGCGAGAAAAACUGCUCCUACUGGGUCGGGAGCACUCGUCCCCUGACCACCGGCGGUACUCCAUGCUGGAUCCCUGCGUCCUGGACUCGGAGGUGAGCCGCCUCCGCCAGCGGCUGCUCAGCACGGAGGACGCCCUGAGGAACGCCAUGGAGCACAACCAGCAGGUGGACCAGCUGGUCCUGGCCAUGCGCAGGCAUCCAGAUAAAAGCCCGAUUCACGCUGCAAAUUCAGCCAAUGGGAUUCAUCAUCAGGAGUCGGGAAGCGCUCGAGAUGUUGUAACAACGCUGAUAUGCGGAGGUACGUCCUAAAGAAAAGCUCGUCCGACGUCUUCUCCUGAUCCCGCGACGGACGCCUGAGGAAGAUUUCAGUUUGCAGUUUAAUACCAAAACAACGCAUCUCUUGUCUCGAGUGAAUUCACGUGUCGUUGCAGAAAGCACCCAUUAGCCAAUCACGAAGGCCUUCUUAAAGUACGAUAUAAAAUACACGGGGAACGGGACAUGGACGUGAAGAGACAUUAUAGGUACAACUCCUGAGACUUUUGAUGCUUUACCGUAGUUUCAAAUUUCAAUCCGCAAGUUGCCGGGAACUCUGUGACAAUUCUUAAUUUUGAAUCGGGAAGAAAACGUCUGAUGGACAGCGAGGUGAAGAACUGAAGACGCCGGGUAUCCGUCGCUUUGUUUGUUUUAUUUAUUACUUUUACUUUGCUCCUGAGCUUUGUUAUUAUCCUCUCGGCCGGUGAUACUCAGAGCGACUCUUCAAGGAAAACUUCAACUCUUAUUUUGAAGGGAGUUUGGCCCGUUUGUCACUUUACUUCAUACCUGAUGAGAGGAAUCGGUCCGUUCGCGCUCCUGCUUUCGUGUACAAUAUGAUGAGUAAUUGUGGGUUUAUGGAAGUAUUAAAAAGGCCCUUUAAAGUGA